AUGAAGGCCCACUAUCAAGCACCCUCAACAGAAGCCUUGCUGGAAGCCAGCAGCAGUGCAAGUUUCAGGCAAACAGAUUUGCAGCAAGAGCAGUCACCCACUUUCCAAGGCCAAUCGACAACACACCACGAUUUCCAAGCACCACCAGCGACUGCCGUAAAGCAGGUCCAGUCAAACGCCGCCAUACCGAAUGCCCAGGCGUUGCAACCAGUUCCAUUCGAAGGUGAGUCAUCCAUGAAAAUCCACUACCAAGCCCCUUGGAAUGAGGCUUUGAAAGCAGCUGGAAGCAGUGCCCUGCAGAGAGAGUCUGGCAUAGAAGUGAGAGAUGCAACCGUGCCUUUCGAAGGGCAGUCCACCACACAUGAAGACUACCGAGCACCACCUUUGGAGAAGCUUAGCCAGUUCCUACGGCAACCGCCACGUGAUGAAGCAUUUGCCACAGUGCCAUUCGAAGGCGAAUCAUCAAUGAAGGCCCACUAUAUCCAGCGCCCUCAGCAGAAGCCUUGCUAG